AUGGCCAAGAGGGGCACUCCUGGGAUCGCUAUCGGAGGUCUGUCCGGGGGCGAGGCUAAGGAGGAGUAUUGCAAAGUGGUUGACACUUGCACAUCGCUUCUGCCUGACGGAAAGCCGAGAUAUGUCAUGGGUGUGGGUUAUCCAGAAGACCUCGUCGUGUCGGUAGCUCUUGGAGCGGAUAUGUUUGAUUGUGUCUGGGGCACGAGGACUGCACGUUUUGGCAACGCCAUAACCUCUUCCGGAGUCCUCAACCUCCGCAGCGCCCUCUACGCAAAAGACUUUACGGCAGUCGAUCCCGAGUGUCAAUGCCUCGUCUGCCGCCUUGGUAUCACAAAAGCUUAUAUCCACCACCUUGUUGCCAAGGAGACUGCUGGAGCGCACCUUCUCACCAUGCAUAAUGUAGCCUUCUUGCUGAGGCUGAUGAACAAGGCUAGGGCUGCCAUCGUUGAGGAUAGGUAUCCGGCAUUUCUGAGAGAGUUCUUUUUCAAAUGGCACGGUGGGGAUAAAGGCAAGUAUCCUACCUGGGCUGUAGAUGCACUUAGGGGGGUUGGAGUGGAUCUUUUGGAGGAAUAAGGUGAGGUUUGAGUAUUUUAAUAGAAUUUGAGAAGUGAUAGUUGGAAGUAAGGUUUGGCGUGGGUAAUUAGGAGGCUGUGUGCGAAAUGGUUGUUUGUCAGAACAUACUGAAUAGUGUAAAUCACUUUUGUAUGCAAGGGAGAUAUUUGCUCAGCGUAGUCAACAAAAUAUAUUGAUUGAUUGGUUUUUGUCCGUUGAA